AAAAAAAAAAUCGUGUGAAAUUGCUUUGCUGUUAUCAGGAGAGUGGCCAUAGUUCCUUAUCCAUUAUCACUAGCAAAGACUUUGAUGAAAUUGCAGAGAGUGGGAAUUGAAGAGCAAUGGCUUCAGUAGCUUCAUCAUCAUCAUUUUCUACAAGGCUUCUUCUGCAUUCACACACACCUCUAGUAUGCAGAAGAAGAUGCAGACCCAAUUUUCUGAGGAUGGUGACUCGCUCCUGUCUCGAUGACAGCUCUGCUCUCCUCCGAGCAGCGCAACACACUGUGGAUACAUACGUGAAAAGUGGCAUGGUUGUAGGAUUGGGGUCUGGUCAUGCUUCUGGUAUGGCCAUUCAGCAUUUGGGUAGCCAGCUUCGCACUGGUAAUUUGAAGGAUAUAGUAGGGAUUCCCAUGUCUGUUUCAAGUGCAAGUGAGGCAGCAAAGGCUGGGAUUCCAUUGGAUACCUACCAAGGAAGUUCUCAAAUUGAUUUUGCAUUUGAUGAUGCUGAUGUUAUAGAAGAAGGAACACUUGUUGCUAUCAUUGGGCGCCGGAAAUUGCAAGGUGGGGAAUCCAUAAUCCAGGAAAAGUCUAUAAUAAAUUCUGCCAAUAAAUGUGUGUUCAUUAUCGAAGAAAACCAGUACAAAGGAGGUCUGGAAGGUUCUAUUCCAGUUUUAAUUCAGUCUCUCAACUGGAUGACAAUUGCUGAAGAGAUUGAUGAUAUGUUUCUGGGUGAUGCUGAGGUCUGGAGAAGACCAUCUAUAGGGCAAGCAGGUCCACUAGGAGGUGACUUCCCAGUAGUCACCAAAGAAGGACAUAAUAUUCUUGAUGUUAUCUUUACAUCUCCAAUAGAAAACCUCGCUGAAGUAGCAAAAAGCCUUGAUAAAGUUGAUGGUGUUGUGGACCAUGGUGUUGUUUCUAAAAUCCCAUGCACAGUUGUAAUUGCUUCUCAGACUGGGCUGAACAUUUUGGACAAAUUAACUGCAGAUAUAGUGGGUUAGGCUUCAGAGCUUAUAGCUCUGCUUUGCACAUGAAUGUGUAUUUAGUUUUUUUUUUUUCCCUCUUAUUUUUCUCUCCAUUAUGCUUUUUGCCUGCCUGUGCGUUUUCAUCCUCCCUUUCCAAAGAAAUGAGUAAUUGUGACUGUAUCAACGCUAGCAAAGGAAGCUUAGGGCUAUGUGUUUUUAUAAUGUUUGUAUACAUGAAACUUCAUUUGUCUUUUUUUCUCUUCUUUCAAUUCCCAUAUGGUUCUAUCAUCA